AUGGUUAUGGGUCUUGUGAAGGGUAUAAUUGUGACCAUGCCAGAGAGUGCUCUCAAUACAACGGUUGGUGCCAACAUCACUCUUCCUUGCAUGUAUAAUCUAGCAACUAUUCCUGAUAUGAUUCAAUGGAAUUUUUUCGGCGGUGAUCUGAAAACUCCUUCAGUUUAUAUGUGGCAGCGUGGCACGCCCUAUUACUUUGGACAGUUUAAAGGCCGGAGUCGAGUAGCAAACAACACAGGAAAUGCAAGCCUCACCAUCUUCAACAUGCAGACCUCAGACACCGGGACCUAUAGGUGUUCGGUUUAUAACUUUCAGGACGCUACCGCAAGUGAAGGAGAAAAAUCAGUGUCGGUCAGCGUGCUAGUUCCUCCUUCGAAGCCUCUCUGCAGUUUUGGUUCAAGCCAUCAUCCUAACAUUGAAAUUGGCCACUUGGUUACUUUAGCCUGCAUUUCGGAAACUGGUCUGCCAAAGCCAGCCUACAAAUGGUACAGACUAAUCGGAGAUAAACAGCAGCCUGUUACUGAGUUAUACAAUCCUUACUCAGGACGCCUGGUUCUAGGCAACCUGUCCCAGUUUGAAGAAGGCUAUUACCAGUGUACAGCUAUCAACUCUCUUGGGAACAGCUCCUGUCAAAUCGACCUCACUACAAAACAUUCAGAAAGUGGCAUUAUUGUGGGAGCAUUAAUUGCGGCAAUUCUAGCUGCUGCCUUGAUCUGUAUCGUCGGUUGGAUUCUAAUCUCCAGAGAGAAGAAGAAGAGGAGAAAAGAGAAACCUAUAGCCAAGGAAAUGCAGCCUAUGGCUGCAAAGGCGGAAUACGCUGCGGUGCCCAGCCAAGCCAGCGUUCCCAUGGCUGCCGUCCCACCAAACAAGGAUCCUAAUGAGACCGGAGAACAUGAUAGCCCGGGAGAAGCCCAAGUUGCCAUAUUGCCUGAAAAUGAGACGCAGGAAAUGGGCCAUCAACCAGUUUCCUAAAACCAGCAGUUGCCAUUGGGGGAACCCCAAAAAGCAGCCCAUCUAAUCACGAAUUUGUACAUUGAUCCCACAUCUGUGUCUUCCAAAUAAUGUCACGCUACCAUUUACUGUAUUUUUCAGAGUAUAAGACGCACCUUUCUCCCCCCCUAAAAGGAGGUGAAAAUUUAGGUGUGUCUUAUACACUGAAUGUAGCCCCGCCCACCCACUGGCCCCCACUUUUUGGCUUCUGC